CCGGUGAUGGAUCUAUGAGCUCUGCAGACUUGCUUGAAGUAAAUAAAGAUCUCCACAUCCUUGUCUUCCUCAAGGAAGUUAAACUUUCUAUUGUUGGUCUUUUUAUAUAAAUAAAUGUAUAUGUAUAGCCCCUUGAAACCUAAAUUAAACGUCUUUUUUUCUUUGUCUACUUCAACAAUUCUUCUUCCUGGAAAUUUCCUGCAAUCUUUCAAGGCUCCAAGAUUUUGAUUCAAGGAUUGCAUGCGUCGGCGCCAUGUCUGCUCUCAACUCCGACGACUUGAACCGGAUUUUCGACCGGCUAGACCUGGACGGCGACGGCUUCGUGAGCAUCGACGAGCUGAAAUGGCUUCUGGAGAGAAUAGGCGUGCACGCAUGCCUGGAAGAGCUGGCGCCGCUUGUUGGGCAGGCCAAGCUGGACCGCAUUGACUUCGUGUUGUUCUACGACUCCAUUAUUAUCCGGCGAAGCUCUGAUGAGGAGGAAGACGAGGGCGCGGGCGAGGAGGAAGACGACGGCGUGGAGAGCGAUCUGGCGAAGGCGUUCAAGGUGUAUGACCUGAACGGCGACGGCUACAUUUCAUGCGAGGAGCUUCAGAGCGUGCUGUCGAGAUUAGGGUUGUGGAAUGAGCAUUGCGGGAAGGAUUGCAGGAGCAUGAUCAGCAAGUUCGAUACCAAUUCGGAUGGGGUGCUUGAUUUUGAAGAGUUCAAGAACAUGAUGUUUCUUUCCUAGUCGUGAAUAAUGGAUUUCUCUUGUAAAAAUUAUUAAAACCAAAACAAAACUUAGCUUCACAAUUUCAUUUUUUGUUUUUAAUUUUAGACUGAACGUUUAAUUUUAUCUAUUGAGACAUCUAACUUUUCUUUUUGUUUCUAUUCUAAACUACCGUUUGCUACCCUUAUAUUUUAGCUCUAAUUGUUGAAGUAGCAAGCUAUGUCAAAUAACUUGGUUGAUAAGGUGACAAGAUAUAUAGAUGUUGAAUCGAUGCUUGAUUAGAACUUUAUCUGUUAAACAAAGCUAUGUUGGGUUUUGCCGCGUUUAUAAGGCAUCAAGUUUUUGUUGCAUCGUCAACCAAGCCAUCGAAUUAACAUAGCUCGUUACGUCAACAAUUAGCCAUAAAAUGUAGCGGCAAUAAACGAUAGUUUAAAAUAAAAAUAAAAUUAAAGUUGAAUUACCCAAUCAAUAAAAUUAAAAAUAGAAUCGAAGUUUAGAUAUAAUUUUUGAUAAUUUACCCUAAAAUGAAUCAUCUUGUCCUGGUUUAUGAACAUUUGUAAAGAUGACUGUGUGGAGCAUAAAGUCUGGAUUGUGCUUGGUGUAGUUCAUUAAUGCAUGGUUGUUAUUGUAGAGUUGCAGAAAUGAAGUUUAGAGAGAAGAAAGA